AUGAUUUCAACAGAAAGAGAAUAUCUAAAUGUCAAAGGAUCAUAAUAUUAAGCUAUUCAUUCCAAAAGAUACAAUUCUCCUUGCGAAACCAUUAAUUAAACGCCAUCUCUUCCAUCACUUAAUUUACAAACUAAAUAAUUUCUAUCUAAACCAUUCUCAAAAGAUUUCUCUUAAUUAUCAUCUAUCAAUUCCAUUCAUCUUAAACCAUUAAUUUGCAAAAAUAAAUCUUGCAUUUACUUAGUUAGAAGUUUGGAAGAUAAAAUACUUAAAUGUAUUCUAAGAAUUAAAGAAAUUGCUAAGGAAAAUAAUUAACUCAGAAAAAAGAUGCAAAUGGAUUAAGUUAUGGUUGAUUCACUUAUACCCUCAACUCAUAGAUCUCUAAAAUCUAUGGAUUUUAAUCAUAUUCCUGAUGAUUAAACUUAACUUAUCAGAUCUAAUAUUUCAAGUAUCCAUGAAACCUAUUAAUUUACUAAGUUUCCAAAUGAAGUUGUAACAACUAAACUUAAUAAAUAAAUUAAAGAUAUUUUUAAUAAUCUAAAUUUUAUUAUGCAAUAACCUAUCUUAGAUCUCAAUUGGAAGAAAAACAAUUAACUCAGUAACUCUUAAUUAUAAACUUAAAAAUGUUUAAAAUGUUCUAAAAAUAAUAAUAAUUAAAUGAUUGAAUUAGAAUGCAAUCAUUAAUAUCAUAACACUUGUUUCUGUUAACAUCUUGCAUCUUCAUAAAAUUAAAUCAAUAUUUGGUGUCAGUGUAAAUAAAAAAUAAAUAGCAAUGAUCUCAUUCAAUUACCAAAAAUAUAAAAGAAUAUUGUUCAGGAAAUUAAAUUUACUCAUCAAUUGAUUCAAUUGAUUAAAUCUUAAUAAAUUUUCUCAUUUUUUAAAUGUGAACAAAAUAAUUGUGCUUUCAUUAUAGGAUCAAAAGAUGAAAAUUCAUCUAGUAUUUAAUCAUAUUGUUUAUCUUGUUUGGAAUUUAGAUAAUUUUCUAAGUAAGAAGUAAAUCUUAAAUGA